GAAUUAUAUUGCUUAUCUAACUGAAAUUUCAGGAAUUCCCUGAAUUCAUUAUAAAAACAUUGAAAUAUUCGGAAAACAAUAGUGAUUUACUUGUACGAGAAGUGUUUUCGUUGAUGGAUAUUAUUUCGCUUGAAAGCUAUGCAUAAUUUUUUGGUACUCGGAUUCACAGCUAUAUUAGUUUAUGGUUCAUCAAUAGAUCAUACUAAACAACUUACAUUAAAGAAAAGUCAUCAUGAGCAACGAAAAAUGAACUACAAAGUUGUGCCUCACAGGUGUAGCAUUGUAUGUCCUCUGAAGUUAGAACUACCUUCUUGUCUUGGUGCUCUUCCACUACAAAAUACUUCGCAAUCAUCAAAUAAGACUUUUCCAAUGCAACAAGACGCAACGACGAUACCGGUACUGCCCAAUUUAGCGAAUCUCACGCAAUAUUUACCGCAUAUUGACCCAAAUCAGCUGUAUGAGCAAGUAUCGAAUGGAUUGUCGCAGCUUUUCCAAAUGUUUCAGCCAAGUAAUUUGCAAAUACCAUCUGGAAAAUCCCAUCACGCAUUUUCAAAGAAAACCCAAACACAUGAAAAUAGGAAGCGUCAAUUUUUGAAACAUACAAGGGUUUUAUACAGAAAUGGCAAAAGAGUGUACGAAUUUAAGGAACUACAACCGUUUGGCUGUUAUGCGACCUGUGAAGAAAUAAAAAAUCCAGGAGGUAGCCAGGGUUCGCAAAUGAGUGGUGAUGAAGAUUCUAGUGAGGACGCGUAUGAGGAAGGAGAAGAUGCGCCUAUAGAAGCAACUGCGUCACCUGGAGAAAGACCCGCGAUGAAAUUAGACGGCUUAAGACCUGUAGGUCCAGUAGACUUCAUGAACAUGGCUGAUUUUGGACCUAACGGCUCACCAGCAAUGGGUGAUGAGUAUUACUCUGAAAAAAACAAGGUUCAUAGAAAAAAGAAUCGCAGGCACUAAAAAGAUUAACUGAUUUUUUAUAAUCAUGGUGAAUUAAGUAAUAAAGAUUGUAACCUAACAUAAAAUUGUGUUUGUUAAGCUCAUAUUGUAUCUUGUGUAAUGACGAUAUAUGUUUGCUCCAUCUUGGUAUUUACGAGAUAUGACCUUGAAAAUCGAAUAAAGCGACUCCUUUCCAUAAGUCGGACAUCCAUAUGUAUUCAUCAAACUUUCGUUUUUAUUUGAGUUGUAAAGUUGCAAAGCUACAUAAAUUUUAAUUCACAAUAAAUAGAUAUAAAAAAUAUAAAGUAAUACGACUAAGCAAUUCAAUAAGCAGUAAUGUUUAAAAAGCUCACUUUCCCGGCAGUGGGUCUUGCUAAAAACAUGG